AUGUUCGGGCGACAGAUCUUUUCGGAACCAGUGGACGAUCAUAGCGAACAAAGGAGACGCAACGAGUACCAUCGACGACUUCUUGCGAAUCGAACGUACGGAACACCGUGCAACGAAUUGACGAGAAUUCCUUGCUUCACUAACGAUGGAUUGACGCUGGGUUUAAAUUUCAUCGUCUUCGAGGACAUUGCCCGUACUCAACCGCACGAUCUGUAUCUCAGAGCGCAUCAAACUGCAUGCAGAACCGCGUCCAGUCAAUAUUUAUUGGAGUACAUAAGACAAAUGGAAGAAAGAUACGCGGCGAUGGAGAGAGAAUUGACCAGAACGAAAAUGUUGCUUCCUAUAGCGUCUCGCAACACGUUUCCCGUCCAUCAAACGGCACAGACGGACGUGAACCGGAAGGAAUGUUGUCUCGCGAGGAAGUACGGGCACACGGCUACGAAUUUACCGGGAAAUCGAGGCGAAAACCCGCGAAAUCAUGAGAGAAUGAACUUUUCAUCAAGAAGGAAGCAACACGUCGCGAAAAAAGUCCGAGAUUCGACCGGUAAAAUCGUGGACGAUACGAAUUGGACGAAAUCCAGAAACUUUUUCCAGAAUUCGUACGAUGAUAUUUAUCCCAUGAGAGAUCCUGGUAAUCAGUCGUGUCGCCCAAAGACGUUGAAUAGCAAUUCGACCUCGGUCUGUUCGACGCACAACGUUGCUGUGAUCCUUCCGCAAGACUCGAUAAAAUUAACCAACGUCUCGAGAGGCGAACAAAAUUCUUCCAAAGUAAACAACGACAAUAUCUUCAAAAACGGAAAGAAUCACGAUGUCGCGAAAGUAUUCGACAAUUCGAAAAAAUCUUCGACCACUAUCAAGAGACAGAUGCCGUUAUUAAUAACGAACAAUACGUUGAUGGAAGCAUACCAACGAUUCGACAAGAAACACGAACCGGAAGCAUCGUACUGCACCGAUUUCGAUAUCAAAUACGAAGAUCACACGCGGACCAAUUUGACAGGAAACCCGUCGAUAAUUCAGCCAAUGAUGGAAUCACGAUCCAGUCAAGACGACUCCGAGCAGAAAUCGGGAAGUGAUCGGCAAGGAUCGUGUGUCGAUCUCGACGAAAAACUUUCGUUCAAACAAGUGAAAUUCUUGGAGAACGCGCCGAUUUCCCUUCACGAAGACGCUCCACGUGUCGAUCGAACGAUCCAAGAUAAUCGAAGCUACCCGAACAAUCGUCCCAACAGGUUGAAUCCCGAGCGUGUACGUUUCGUGAGCGAUCAAUCGAAGAAUCUAACGAGACUCGGGCAGAAAUGUGUUCGAGCACAGAAAAGAAUUCCAACGCCGCGAAGUAACGUUCAUACCGCUUCCACACCGAUGGUUCAACCAACGGUCACGAAUCCGAUGUCGGACCCCAAUGGAUUCACCAUUCAGUUGCUGAGACUAGCAGUGCUGCUUUACGCCCCGACAUUGAUGCCGGCUCUGAACUCAUUAAUCGCCCAACAAACCGUUGCUCAAACAUCAAUCCCUAUACCAUGUUUCGAGGGUUCGAACGAUCUAUUAACCCAAGUUUUUCGUGUCCUGAACAACCAACAAUACGUCCCGAAUUUAUCGUACGCGUCAAAUUGUCGAUUCGACGAGAAUUCGGGAAACACUCGUAUCGGUGCGUCAAAUUCACCGCGAUCGUCGUCGUCGAAUCCGGAGCCUGGACUCGAGAAUGUCACGAAGCAGCUCGACCACGACAUCAACGCGGAAUGUCCUGUGGAGAAUGGACAGGAGAGAAAUUCAAUUGGCGUUAACACGACCCUGGAAUCAUACAGUUGUAACCAUCGAAAGCUUCUUAAUUCAGAUACGGACGAUGAUUCGUCCCACGAGAAGACGGAAGGAACCGACGAGGAAUCGUUCGAGCAAUCGAACAACAAGAUACUGUCGGUCUGCUGGAAGGGAAAGCUCGACGAUACCGCUGACAGACCGGCGAACGACGAAUUCGUAGGGUAA